UUGAUGUAAACAGCGAGGUACGAGGUGAAUGUUUUCUUUUUGGGCUGCCAUUUUGGUAGUGCUUUUCGACCUCGUGAUGUCUGUACAACAACCUUCAGAGAAUGAUGUCUGGGCUUUGCUCUCGCUCAAGUCAGCGCCAGCAAGUCCCUCAAAGAUUCAGUGGGCUCCAGAACCUCGUGGAACAUCUAUAGCGCGAUUGGAAGGAAGAGAUUUUAAGUUUGAUAUGCGCAAAACACGCGUUACGAUCGGCCGCAACAGCAGCAAGGGCGAAGUUGAUGUGAACAUGGGACAUUCUAGUUUCAUUUCUAGAGUUCAUUUAGAAAUAACAUUUGAGCAUCCUAAUUUUUUCAUGAAGUGUAAUGGCAAGAAUGGAGUUUUUAUUGACGGUAUAUUCCAGCGUAAGGGAGCACCGCCUUUGCAACUUCCAAGAUCAUGUGUAUUGCGUUUUCCCAGCACAAACAUCAAAAUCAGUUUUCAGUCAUUGGUAGAAGAAGAUGCCACUCAGCCAAGUAAUCCCCCACCUCCACCAGCAAGUCCGCCAAAGAAAAAAGUACUCCCACCAUUGAAGAUAAAUAUCCCAGAACCUAAUAGUAGUAUGCAGAAUAGUCCAUGUCCUUCACCAACAGGAACAAUUAGUGCUGCAAAUUCUUGCCCAACAAGUCCACGCGCUGGCUCAGCCCAUCGUUUAAUUGGUAUGUCAGACAUACAGAUGGCAGCAUUGACAGCAGCUGCUCAGCAUCAUAGACAGGAAGCAGAAAAAGCAGCGGAAAAUUCAAGUAUUGUUCAGACACCACCUUCAGCUACUUCAGAAGUCAGUGUUAGAGAUGAAUCAAAACCGCCAUAUUCUUAUGCACAAUUAAUAGUCCAGGCAAUAACAUCAGCUGUAGAUAGACAAUUGACAUUAAGUGGAAUUUAUGCGUAUAUCACUAAAAAUUAUCCUUAUUAUAGAAAUGCUGAUAAGGGCUGGCAGAACUCAAUUCGUCACAACUUGUCAUUGAAUAGAUAUUUUGUAAAAGUGGCUAGGUCACAGGAAGAGCCUGGGAAAGGAUCAUUUUGGAGAAUUGAUCCUGCUUCAGAAGCAAAAUUAACUGCACAGGCUUUCCGGAGACGAAGGCAAAGAGGGGUACCCUGUUUUAGAGCCCCAUUUGGUGGUCUCUCAUCAAGGUCUGCACCAACUUCUCCUAGUCACAUGAGUGGGAUGUUCACACCUGAUAGUUUAUCUCGAGAAGGUAGUCCAAUACCUGAAGAUGAGAUGUCCCAGCAGAUGAUGAUACAGCAACAGCAACAACAACAGCAGAUAGCAUUGUCAUCUGGUGUAGCUCAGAGAUCACAACCAAUGCUACCUCCAUCAGCAGACGAGUUGAGGUUAAAUCAGUCCAAUAAUGCAUUGCCUGCAAACAAUACAUUGCAAGGUCCUGGUGCUUUCAACCCAGUCACAAUCACAUCAUCGGCAUAUAAUAAUAAUAUUAGAACAGGUGCAGCUCUUCAUCAGUUACCAUCGGUCAUUAGUAAACCUAAGGUCAUUGUCACAAAUGGUACACAGGUCAUGUUAAAUGGACCCUCUGGUCUGACAGCACUUGCCAAUGGUGCAGCACACGUAGAAGUUAAAAAAGAUCCAUCCUCACAAAAUCCAGUGUAUGGUAUGGACCCAUACAGCUACAGCCUGGGUCCAAGAUUCCCACAAGGGAAAAGAUACUUCAUGUUCCCAUCUCUUGCAGAAAAGUUACAAGCUGUAGUCCCUAUAUCAACUGGUCAGAUGGUUCGACCUGUCACUCUGGUUGCUAAUCUGUCAGGUCAGCUUCAAGGUCCUGGGGGAGGGGGUGGUGGUGGUGGGGGACAACAAGCACAGCUAGCUACUGGAGGACUGCCUGGUGGAGCUACACCCCAGCAACUGGCAGCAGCAGCACAAGCCGGCCAACAAGCAGCACAUCAGCUCAUGUCUGCUCUAGCUGCACAGAAUACCUCUGUUUCAACACCAACUGGUGUUCCUGUCUAUAGCCAGGUUGCACAGUCACCAGUGACUCCAACUCAGCAACCUCUUACAUUAAUCUCCCAGUCAGGAGUACAUCUUGUACAGCAGGCCUUAUCACAGUCCUCGCCUAACACACAGUCUGUUAGUUUGCAACAGUUACAGCAACAUCUGCAGCAGCAGCAGCAACAACAACAACAGCAGCAGCAACAACAGAUUGUGAGCAAUUUAGCAACUCAACAACCUGUUUUGGUGACUGCCCUUACAAAUGCCCCGGUAUCCAUUGCAACAAAAAGAGCUUUAGAAGAUCAUAUUAAAAUUGAAAAUAUGAAAGAUGAACCUUUAGAUAAACAAGUUAAAUUGGAAACAUCAGAAGUCACAGAGUAAAAAUGAUACUGUUUUUUUUUUCUAAAGCAACAAGUGAUGUGUAUAUACACGCCACAUUGUUUAUGUGAGAGCAUGUUUUACAGAAAGUAUAUACUUGUGGCUGGGUUUGUAUUCACUGUUUUAGGGCAAAGGUGGACUGAAGGAGUACAAGUGGUACGUUGAAAAUGUGGUCCGGAUGUUAGAGAAAGAACUGGUCUAUGUAUAAACAUACUUUUAACAUUUAAAUAAUUUACAAGACCAUACUGUUUGCUGAAGUAUUAUUCUGUGUAACUUCUGUGAAGUAAACUGUUUAAAGGAAUUGUGAUAGAAGUAUAUUUCUGUGAAAAAAAGGAGAGAAUUACAAAGUUAAUAUGUUACACAACAUGUAAUAAUUCAUUUUGAAACUAACAAAAGUUAAGUAUAGGAUGAGAAGCUAGGCAUAUAUCUAGUGAUGCAUUGUGAGGGAUCUCCUUUUGUUCAGUGUUUUUAUAGUUCGGCAGCUGUUAGUUAAGAUUAAAUGUGCUUAUUGUUCUCAAUUAUUUGUUUUAUAAUUUAAUUACAAAAUUAAUUUCAUGUAUUUAUCAAACUAUUAAACUUCCUUCUUAUUGGAGCCUGUGCUGUUUUUCUAGGUUUCAAAACUUUGUAAAUGAAUAAUUUAUUGUUUGAAUGAUCCUAUUUUUUAUGCCCCUGAAUCGAUAAGAUAAGGAGGACAUAUUGUAUUUGGUCUGUCUGUAUGUAUGUGAUAAAACUUUACCAUGACCAUAACACAGAAGUGCUGCUGUCUGCAGGUUCCAAUCUUCACAGGUGCUUGUACCUUUAAUCUUCAGUCUCGCCAAGUGGUCAUAGAAUCACAGAUAAAUUCAUUAAUAAUAUUGUAAAUAUUGAUCUUGGCCAUCAAAUGAAAGUGCUUUCAUCAAAAACUUAAAAUGUGCAUGCACUUUAUUGCACACUAUUUGCUAGACUCACCUUUCAGACACGAGGUCACCAAAGGGUCAUUAUGGUUAUUUGAACACAACACUAGUUUUAUAAUUCCAUUUUUAUGAAAUUUUUCUGCUUCUGCUCAGAUUAAAUAAGACUUUAUUACACAGAUGAUAACAAUUUGUGCAACAAAAAGUAAAGUAUCCAAACUGGCGAAAAUUGGUGAGAUACAUGUGUUACAAGUACAUGUAUUUACCUUUUGGGACAGCCUAAAAGGAGCUGUUUACUUCAAUAUUUUGAGGUAUAUUACUGAUGCACACUUUUAUAGUUAAGGUUAAGGUAGAGCUUUUUCUAGGUAUGUAUCAGCCACUUUUAACACAUACAUAAAGCGUAGCCAUGAGUUACAAGAAAACUUCAAUCAUGGGCAAAGUUAUUAAAAUGGUUUAUUUUAAUUACGGUAAACUUGUCAUAAAAUGUUGUUCAUUUGUUGUAAUUUAUUUAUAGAUUUUCAUGUUUUGGUUACUUUUGUUAAGACAUUUACAUGCUCAAAGAAAUCUUUAAAGAGGAUAUUUCUUUUAUCAGUGAUAUAUUUAAUUAAUUUCUUUCAUGUUGAGAUUUUCUCUUAAAAUAAGUAGAAUUGGACCUACUAUUAAUUACAUGAAAAAUAAAGUCUUGAAUGCAUUGUAAUUACUUUGAUUAUAUAUGUAAUCCAAGAAGAUUAAGUUAUUUUGAAUUCUUGAAUCUUGUGAAAUUUACUGUGGAUGCUGAUUUAAUAGUAAUCCAUUCAAAAGGUGGGAAUGUAAUUUUUCAAUAUUUGUAAUGUAGAAAGUUAAAACGUAGAAAAUACUAUUCAUAAUUUACGCUUUAUUGCUGCACUUGUUUUUAUGGCAGGUUAAUUAGAUAUUAGAUUAUGAUGAGUAUUUGUCUUCCAAAUAUUUCAUUGUAUUUCCCUUAACUAAAAGAAUAAAUUACAAAUAUAUACAUGUAGUAACAGUUUUUAGCUCGACUAUUCGAUAAGAAUAAGUAGAGCUAUUGCAGUCACCCGAGCGUAGGCGUCGGCGUAACCACUUAUGUUAAAGUUUUUGUAAUAGUUCAAAUAUUUUCAAAGUCCAUUGACAUAUGGCUUUGAAACUUUGCACACUUGUUCACCAUCAUGACCCCAACCUGUAGACAGGAGGAGGUAACUCUAUCAAGCAUUUUGACAGAAUUAUGCCCCUUUUUCGACUUAGAAUUUACGUUAAAGUUUUUGUAAUAGUUCAAAUAUUUUCAAAGUCCAUUGACAUAUGGCUUUGAAACUUUGCACACUUGUUCACCAUCAUGACCCCAACCUGUAGACAGGAGGAGGUAACUCUAUCAAGUAUUUUGACAGAAUUAUGCCCCUUUUUCGACUUAGAAUUUACGUUAAAGUUUUUGUAAUAGUUCAAAUAUUUUCAAAGUCCAUUGACAUAUGGCUUUGAAACUUUGCACACUUGUUCACCAUCAUGACCCCAACCUGUAGACAGGAGGAGGUAACUCUAUCAAGCAUUUUGACAGAAUUAUGCCCUUUUUCGACUUAGAAUUUACGUUAAAGUUUUUGUAAUAGUUCAAAUAUUUUCAAAGUCCAUAGACAUAUGGCUUUGAAACUUUGCACACUUGUUCAACAUCAUAACCCCAACCUGUAGACAGCAGGACGUAACUCUAUUAAGCAUUUUGACAGAAUUAUGCCCCUUUUUCGACUUAGAAUUUACGUUAAAGUUUUUGUAAUAGUUCAAAUAUUUUCAAAGUCCAUUGACAUAUGGCUUUGAAACUUUGCACACUUGUUCAACAUCAUGACCCCAACCUGUAAACAGGAGGAGGUAACUCUAUCAAGCAUUUUGACAGAAUUAUGCCCCUUUUUCGACUUAGAAUUUACGUUAAAGUUUUUAUAAUAGUUCAAAUAUUUUCAAAGUCCAUUGACAUAUGGCUUUGAAACUUUGCACACUUGUUCACCAUCAUGACCCCAACCUGUAAACAGGAGGAGGUAAUUGUAUCAGGCAUUUUUUUUACUAUCAAGCACUAAGAAUAGUCGAGCAUGCUGUCCUACCGACAGCUCUUGUUGUUGUUGAAGAAGUAACUGCUGAACUAGGAAGGGCAUCUGGCUUUUAUAUAUCUUUAAGACAGAACUAAACAUGAUUUUAGGCAUGUUUGAAUAUUUGCCUAAAGAUAUGACACUUUACAUAAAUAUAUGUAGUCUAAUCGUUAAAUGUCUUCAAUUUCAUGUAAAACAUGGAAAGUUAGUGAUAUUUCAGGAGAAUUUACUUUAUUUUUUAUACUGAAUAAAUAUGUGUGUUUCCUAUUUAUUAUUCUAAAUUUUUUUCACCUUGCAAUAAGAUAAACACGAAUGGUAAACUGAGUUAGGGUUUUUUGCGAGUGAACUUAUGUUCUGAUUGAAGGAACAUUUCACCAGUAUAUAGUGCUUUACUUUAUUGUGUUAUUUCUAUGUAAAUGUUGAAAUUGUAUAUUGUAUAUAUUGUUGAAGAGAGGAGAUGUUGUUUCGGUUAUCUUGACAAAAAAAGGUUCUUUUUUUCUCUGUAAUUCAACAGGUAUGACUGAAAACUUCUAUCUUACUUCUAUGAGUGAUAUUUUUUUGUAAAACUGUUGUGAAGCUUGAAGUGUGAUAGUUAACCUGUUUUGAAAACUUAUUUCUAAACUUUUUCAUACUUUCUCAGAAUAUCAUAGAAUGAUUUUGCCAGUGACAAAAAUAAUUUCAGUAUUAUAUUCAUUCCAUUUUCACACUUACAUAAAAUUUGUACACUCGUAAUACCCUUACAUUAUUCUGCACCUAUGUCUGUAACUCAAAAAGGAAUGAAAAAUACCUUAGCAUAACCUGUUUUAGACAUGCCAUAUUCAUAUAAUAUCAAUUAAAAUGAUAAAUUGUGGUAAUUAUGAAAAAUCAUAACAAUAAUUGAUGCAUAAUUAGUGAUGUACAUUUACAUUUACCCUUUUUCUGUUGCAUCAGUGCUUUUAUUUUCUGUCAAUGUGUUGUUUAAAAUGCCAAAAAAUACCAUACUAACUUGUUAGAUAUUUUCAAUAAUUUGAAGUCAAAAGGGAAAAAAAGAAAAAGAAUGUGUAAAUGCUACAUUUUUGUGCUUAUUGUUACAUGUUAGGGUGAAAGUAUGAGGGGGGAUAAUUAUGAGUGCACUUCUUUCUUAAUCUGUUUAUAUUUAGUUUGAUUUUGUUCUUAGGUCUGUUUUAUGUUUAUUUGUUAUGAAAACAAAAAAAAGAAGAUUUUUGUGCAAUGAUAUCCGGGGAACAAAUUGUUUUAUGUCAGCUGCCUCUGUUGAGGUGUCAUUUAUCCAUUUUAUGCAUGUUUUCCAUUUUUAACUUGUUAGGAGAUAAAACAUUUUAAGGUAUCAAAAUUCAUAUUUUGUUUCAGCAACCUACCUGUUCACUUAUUUUAUUGUGUCAAUUGCCAUAUUUUUUAUUUUUUUGAAAUACAGUAAGUGAAAUUAAAUUAUUGAAUAAAAUCAUGGUAUAAUUGUAACCUCCAUGUAAUUGUUUAAAAAAUUAUGAACGUGAAAAGCUUUAGCUUUUGGAUAAUUUUGAGAGCUUUUGUAUUUGGUUAUGUAAUUGUGUACCAAAUGGAAAUAACUCUAUUUGUUUCCUCAUUGUUAUCUUACUUGUUUCAGAGAUAACAAUGUUAAAAAAAAUAAAAUUUGAAUAUUUAAA